GAUCCCUGUCCCGGGGAAAGGGCUCGGAGCGCGCGCGCGUCUGCCCCGCUCCCCGCAGGCUGGGCCGCCCCCGGCGAGCCCCGAGCUCCUUGCCGCGGCGGGGAUUUCCAAUCCUCGAACUUCCUGUGAUCACCUGGAUGGAGCAAGAGGAAGAGCCGUGCAUCCUGGAUAUCCGGGGCUCCGAGGAAAGGGAGAUCCAGAGAGACACACCCACAGGUGACAGGGUGGCAAGUGAGGAUGAGGUGAAUCCUCAGCAGGAAGUGGAGCCGUGUGGGACGGUCUCGGGGCUUGUUCCAGCCUGCCAGAGCCAGGGUGGACCAGGGAGGCUGCGUGUGAACCCUCCGAAGAUGAGGCGUCGCCGGUCUGCCCACCGUGAGAGGGGAUUCAUCAACCUGCUGGGCAUCCUGGAGCCCCGGCGCCCGGCAGAUAAGCCCUACCGGUGCACAGAGUGUGAGAAGAGCUUCAGCCAGAGCUCAAAUCUCAUCGAGCACCAGCGGAUCCACACGGGCGAGCGCCCCUUCACCUGCAGCGAGUGCGAGAAGAGCUUCAGCCGCAGCUCCACCCUCAUCGAGCACCAGCGCACGCACACGGGCGAGAAGCCCUACACCUGCCCCGAGUGCCAGCGCAGCUUCAGCCGCAGCUCCACCCUGACCGAGCACCAGCGCACCCACACCGGGGAGACCCCUUUCCACUGCCCCGAGUGCGGCAAGAGCUUCAGCCGCACCUCCAACCUGGUGAAGCACCUGCGCACCCACACGGGCGAGAAACCCUACGGCUGCAGGGAGUGCGGCAAGCGCUUCAGCCUCAGCUCCAACCUCAUCAAGCACGAGCGCACCCACACCGGGGAGAAGCCCUUUGCCUGCGGGGAGUGUGGCAAGCGCUUCAAGAAGAAGACCCACCUGGUGUCCCACCACCGCACCCACACUGGGGAGCGGCCCUACGAGUGCACGGAGUGCGGCAAGCGCUUCAGCCAGAGCUCCACCCUCAUCGAGCACCAGCGCAUCCACACUGGCGAGAAGCCUUUCCGCUGCCCCGACUGCGGGAAGUGCUUCUGCGUCAGCUCCAACCUCAUCAAGCACCAACGCAUCCACACCGGGGAGAAGCCCUACGGCUGCAGCGCCUGUGGGAAGAGCUUCCGCUACAAGCCCCAGUUCACCCGCCACCAGAAGCUGCACCAGGGGGACGGGGAGGAGCCACCCUACCGGUGCACGGAGUGCGAGAAGAGCUUCGGCCAGAGCUCGGUGCUGAUCGAGCACAUGCGGAUCCACACGGGCGAGCGUCCCUUCGUCUGCGGCCAGUGUGGCAAGCGCUUCAGCCAGAGCUCCACCCUGCUGGGCCACCAGCGCACGCACACGGGCGAGAAGCCCUACACCUGCCCCGAGUGCCAGCGCAGCUUCAGCCGCAGCUCCGCCCUGACCGAGCACCAGCGCACCCACACCGGGGAGACCCCUUUCCACUGCCCCGAGUGCGGCAAGAGCUUCAGCCGCACCUCCAACCUGGUGAAGCACCUGCGCACCCACACGGGCGAGAAACCCUACGGCUGCAGGGAGUGCGGCAAGCGCUUCAGCCUCAGCUCCAACCUCAUCAAGCACGAGCGCACCCACACCGGGGAGAAGCCCUUUGCCUGCGGGGAGUGCGGCAAGCGCUUCAAGAAGAAGACCCACCUGGUGUCCCACCACCGCACCCACACUGGGGAGCGGCCCUACGAGUGCACAGAGUGCGGCAAGCGCUUCAGCCAGAGCUCCACCCUCAUCGAGCACCAGCGCAUCCACACUGGCGAGAAGCCUUUCCGCUGCUCCGACUGCGGGCGCGGCUUCUACGUCAACUCCAAGCUGGUCAAACACCGGCGCAUCCACACCGGGGAGAAGCCCUACGGCUGCAGCGCCUGUGGGAAGAGCUUCCGCUACAAGCAGCAGUUCACUCGCCACCAGCAGCUGCACCAGGGGGAGGAGCCGGUGGCUGUCCUGACCCUGGGUGGGGUCAACGUCCUCCUGACUUAAAGUACGUGAAUUCCUUGGGCCUCCUGUCUUGGAGCACGAGAAUUCUUUAUCCAGAUUUCCUGCAGCUCCGGAAGUGGG